ACUCUGUUUCGCCUUAGGUGACUUCCUGAAGGUGAAGGUCAGACGAUUACAACGUAGUGGGUAAAUACAUUUCGUCCAAUCGAAUUGACAAAUCGUGGAGGAUUGGCCUAAUUGUCGGACAACAUUUUAUCGUUAUUCUUAAACUUCAUCUUUCAGUAUUGAGUAAAAUCAGGUAGGGUCGUAAGUGCGUAAUUUGGAACAAGAUUCUUGAACACGUAACAAUGUCUGAGAAGAAAUGUCCCGUAGCUGGUAGCAGCCCUUUCCGUAACUGGCAGAGACCGGACCUGCCCAGUAAAUGCACAUACUACGAGGCUAAGUCCAUGAAAGACUCCCCUCACAACCACAAGGAGUUAAAACCCAAACCAAAGAUCAUGCCUAAUGUCCUGUACAAUAUUGGUAACACUCCACUGGUUAGGAUCAACAGAAUAACAAAGGAAGAAGAUCUCCAGUGUGAUAUUUAUGCUAAGUGUGAAUUUUUCAAUGCUGGUGGGAGUGUGAAGGACAGGAUAGGACUGAGGAUGAUAGAGGAUGCUGAGGCAGCAGGUCAUGUAAAACCCGGGGACGUCCUCAUAGAGCCAACCUCAGGCAACACAGGUAUUGGUAUUGCCUUGGCUGCUGCUGUGAAAGGAUAUAGAUGCAUAAUUGUGAUGCCUGAAAAAAUGAGUAUGGAAAAGGUUGAUGUCUUGCGAGCUCUUGGUGCCGAAAUUGUGAGAACUCCCACCAGUGCCGCCUUUGAUUCCCCGGAGUCUCACAUUGGGGUGGCUAAAAGACUGAUGGAGGAAAUUCCCAACUCACACAUUCUUGAUCAGUAUCGCAAUGCAAGCAAUCCCCUGGCUCACUUUGAUGGCACUGCUGAGGAAAUUCUCCAGGCUUGUGAUGACAGAGUAGAUAUGGUGGUAGUGGGAGCUGGUACAGGUGGAACUCUCACUGGAGUCGCACGUAAAAUAAAGCUCAGAUGUCCCAACUGUAAAGUAAUUGGUUUAGAUCCAGAGGGGUCUGUCAUUGCAGAACCAGAGUCCCUGAACAAGUCAGACACCACUUUCUAUGAGGUGGAGGGUGUGGGGUAUGAUUUUAUCCCCACCGUGUGUGACAGAAAGCUGGUUGAUAAAUGGUACAAGUCCAAUGAUAAGGAAUCUUUCAUCAUGGCUAGACGAAUGAUAAGGGAAGAAGGGCUACUUUGUGGUGGGAGCUCUGGUUCAGCAAUGUCUAUUGCCAUUAAGGCAGCGAAGGACUUUGGACUGAGGGAAGGACAGAGAUGUGUGGUGAUCCUGCCAGACUCCAUCAGGAACUAUAUGACUAAGUUUCUGAGUGAUGAUUGGAUGAGUCAGAGGGAAUUCCUUGAGUCCAGCAAAUUAACAAAGGAUACAGACGAAUGUUCAUAUGGAAAGAACAGGUGGUCCUCAUUAAAUGUGAGUGCUCUUCAGUUAAGAGCUCCUCUGACUGUGACUCCAGCAGUCACGAUCCAGGAGACGCUUGAACUUCUCAACAAAGUGGGUUUUGACCAAGUGCCAGUUGUUAACGAUGCAGGGGACAUCAUGGGUAUGGUGACAGUUGGUAAUAUGAUGGCUCAGGUCGUGAGGUCAAAGAUCAAACCUUCAGAUCCUGUUUCUAAAGUCAUGUACAAACAAUUUAAAAUGGUAUCCAUGGCAACAAGCUUAGGAGAAAUUUCAAGAAUGCUUGAUACUGACCACUUUGUUUUGGUUGUUCAUGGACAAAGACAAUGUAAGUUUAUCAGGUUUAGCUAUAUUUUUGUCCUGCACUUUUAAUGAAAAUGAGGGGUAUUAAUUUGC